AUGACGUCGAACAUUGUACUCCCACCAGCCGACACUUGGGCUCAACGACACCUCUCGGCUCUGAUCCAAGCGAGCUCCCAGGAAGAUUUCAACUCUGCUUUCGACCUAUUCAUCUCUCACGACGUGAAAGAGAUCAUUUUGAACGGCGAUAAAGUCACUCGAGAGGAAUACAAACAGAAGUUCCGGUCCCAAGUGUUCGACGAGAGGGCUGCUACUGUUACUUUUGCUGGCACGGUUGCGAGCGGGAAAGACGCUCUUCUCUCUGGAGGCACAGGAAACAUAGGGAUAUUCUACACCGCCAAAUAUUUUGAAGGUAUCGUAAUCCGCGAUGCACCUGUCGAAGUAGACGCGAAGUCGUCUAUCAAUUUGGUUGUCGAACAUGAUCCGUCUUUGAAACCUCCAUCUUUGCCCGGGCAUGGAGGCUUCUUUGAUGGGAGGAGAGUGUUCAAGUUGAACCAGGUUUUGGUGGAUGCUCGUCCACCGGUAGCGGGAGUCACGUCUCAGGCUUAG